UUUCUGAUUCACACUUCAUUUCCUCACUCCUUCACUUCACUCUCUCAAACCCCCACUAUUCAAGUUUCACAAGAAAGCACUCUUCCUUUUUCCCUUUCACCACCCCCAUGAUGAGCUAGAUUCCUUCAACUUUCUUCUCAUUUCUUCACUGCAUUGCAAUCUGCAUCACAUUUCUUCAAUGGCCAAGCUCCAUUUCACCUUCCCCCUCACUCUUCUCCUUCUUCUCAGCACCGCCAUUGCUGCACCGCCACUACUACCAGCAUCUACAUCACCUGCAAAAAUUGUUAGUGGGUUUCUCUCAAAUGCUGUACCUGCUUUCACCAAAUGGGUUUGGUCUCUCAAACCAACCACCAAAACUGCGGUUGCUGGGAAGAAGUCAAUGAUGAAGUUUGAGAGUGGCUACACUGUGGAAACUGUGUUUGAUGGAAGCAAGCUUGGAAUAGAGCCUUAUGCAGUUGAGGUGUUGCCUAAUGGGGAGCUUUUGAUUCUGGAUUCUGCUAAUAGUAACAUUUAUAGGAUUUCAUCCUCACUUUCUUUGUAUAGCAGACCAAAACUGGUGGCAGGAUCUGCUGAAGGAUAUUCUGGACAUGUCGAUGGAAAGCUCAGGGAGGCUAGGAUGAACCACCCAAAGGGGAUAACGGUUGAUGACCGAGGAAAUAUCUAUGUUGCUGAUAUUACAAAUAUGGCAAUUAGGAAAAUUAGCGAUUCAGGGGUGACAACAAUUGCUGGAGGAAAAUGGAGCCGUGGAGGGGGCCAUGUUGAUGGACCAAGUGAGGAAGCUAAAUUUUCUGAUGACUUUGAUGUGGUUUAUGUUGGAAGCAGUUGUUCACUACUUAUCAUAGACCGAGGAAACCAAGCCAUCCGAGAGAUCCAACUACACUUUGAUGACUGUGCUUAUCAAUACGGAAGUGGAUUUCCACUUGGAGUUGCAAUGCUUGUUGGGGCUGGCUUCUUUGGUUAUAUGCUGGCAUUGCUGCAGCGUAGACUUAGUACAAUUGUAGCAUCUCAGGAUGCUGAGGGUCCAUCAAUGUCUGGCAUUUCACCAAUUCCAUAUCAAAAGCCCUUGAAGUAUGUCAGGCCUCCUUUGAUUCCAUCAGAAGAUGAAUCUGAUAAGCAAGAAGAAAGUUUCUUUGGAUCCACCGGGAAGCUUCUUACUAUCGCUGGCGCAUCGGUUGUGGAAAUAAUGGGAGGGUUAUUUCCUGGUUUCAGAAAAAAACCACAGAGAUACGAGUUCCAAAGCCAACCACUGUUCCAGCAACCUCAGAGGCAACUAAAUGCUUGGCCUAUGCAAGAAAGUUUUGUGAUUCCAGAUGAAGAUGAGCCUCCUUCUAUUGACACAAGAACCCCAACCCCUCAAAAAACAUAUCCUUUCAUGUCCGAGGAUGCUAAAAAAAUGCAACAGUUGUGGCAAAGUCGAGCGUUCUAUAAUGGAUGGAAUGGAGAUCUUCAACAGCAGCAGCAGCAACAACAGCAACAAAAGCAUCACCAUCAACGCCAUCAGUACCAUUCAUCAAUUCCUCAGACUUUCUAUGAGCAAAGCCAUGAGCAAACCAAUGAGAUAUUAUUUGGGGCAGUGCAGGAGCAGGAUGGGAAGCAGGAGUCUGUAGUUAUCAAACCUUUGGAUUAUGGUGGCUCUUUCUAUGAUCAUCACAACAUUCGAUCCCGAAGCAGUUCCAUGGGUUAUAUUCCCAAGUAGUGAGAGUAUGUGCAAUCAGAAAGAUUUGAACCAAAAAAUCCCCAAAUAGAGAGGGGGGUUGAAAGCAAGUACAGGAAGCAUGAUUUUUUUUUUUCUUUUGAAAAGUGGGAUCUUAGUAAGGAGAAGAUGAUCACCAGAAAAUUAUUUGUUUAUUAAGGGUAUGUAAGCACUAAGCAUAGUGAACAUCAUUAAGGGUGUAAUCAAGAAAUUUUGGUAUGCUAUUUCUUCUGGUUAUUAUGUAUAAA